AUGCCUUCUGCAACAUAUUCCUACGCUGUCCAGCCUGCUGCUCCUUGGGCUGUCUCGACAAAGACAUCUGCAUAUACAGCUGCAUCUCAACCCUACCAACCUUCUCCUGUCUACGGUCAGCUAUACCAGCCUCCACCCUCGCGGUCAGAGAGUAUCAGCACAGGGGGCAGUUCGUACUCUAUCCCGAGCAGGGCUCAAUCUGUAAGCUCGUACUCGGGCAGUGAGAGCAGCAGACCGGUCGAUGCUAUCAGCUACAUGGGAGAACGGCUGAACAGAGUGAUGGACCCAACACCACUAGAUCGUAGUCUUGCAAUCCAAGCCCAGAGAUCAGGCGAACUCAAUGCCAAAACCCGGGAAUUGCAGGCUCUACAGGCAUUGGCACAAUCUCGACUCAAGUCGGCUAGAAGGAACUUUGCCGAUGGCGUCCAGGCUGCUAGAGAUGUUCAGAGAGACCUUGAGUGGACGCAAGAAAGAGUUGGCGUAUUGAACCAAAAGGUGGCUCAGAGAUGGCCGGACCAGUACACGACAGCGAGCUCAAGGUUCCCUCGUCUCCCUCUCGAAGAUUGUUAA